GACAGCAAGCAAAUGGAUCAAGUGCACGCUCAAUUGAACAAGCUCUGUUCGCAAAUCCCUAGCCAAGGUGAACUACUUGACCUCGCCAACUCGCUCAAGCAACAGGCAGAAGUGAACUACCACCAGUACGUUGUUCCGCAAUUGGAACAUCUUCGCAACACUUCUGUCGAGGAUGUAAUAAGUGAAUUCAAAGAGUUGAAAGUGUCGUCUGUGACCGUGUCCAUCACUUUGAUCACAUUGAGUACCUUCUUUGUGUUUGGGAAGCUCUUGUUGGGGUCCGGUGACGACAAAAAGGACAAGAAGAGCAAGAAGAAAGGCAAACCAAAGAAGAAGUUGAGUAAAGCACAAAAGGCCAACCGUGAAAUUCAAGGGAUCUUGGACUUUGUUGAAUCGGAGUAUGUUCCCGCUAUCGAUACUUAUUUGGACACUUACAAGACUUUGAAGCCAGAAGAAGUUGAAGCUAAAUACAACUAUUUUGAAGAGAUGUUGUUGAAAGAAUUGAUGAAGUUAGACGCUGUUGAUGUGAGCGGUAACGAAAUCUUGAGAGAAAAUAGAAAGAAGGUCAUCAAGUUUAUCCAAGACCACCACAAGAGAUUAGACAAUUUUAAGAAAGAAGCAAACUUUUAGCUAUACCCGAUAUGUGUGUAUAUUAAUAUAUAUGUUUAAACUAAUUGUAAGUCCUUCUU